AUGAAGGCCGUCCUCUUCCUCUUCGCGCUCUUCCUCGCCGUCCCCCUGCUCGUCCAGGCUGACACGUGCGGCGGCAACUGCCCCUCCAACGAUUGCUCGUCGUGCCCCUGCGGUUACUCGUCCAGCUACGUCGACGUCGGCUCUGCUUGCUCGCAGUUCAGCGGCUGGGACCAGGGCUGCUGCCAGUGCAUUGCCAACCACGAGAGCGGCGGUAACCUCAACGCUGCCAACCAGAACUACGACGGCAGCUACGACAUUGGUCUCUGGCAGAUCAAUGACCAGAACUGGGGUCAGUGCUCUGGCGGUAACGCUCCUUGCGACUUCAACAGCAACCUCAACUGCGCCAUCAAGGUCUGGAGCUGGGGUGGCAACUCCUUCCGUCUCUGGUCCACUUGCUCCGCUUGCGGCUGCUGCUAA